AGUAAAUACCCUUUAAAAUAAUAAUAAUAAUAACAAGAACAACCACUUUCUUUCCUCUCUAUUUCUCCCUUGACUGAGCUUGCUCUCCUCAGCAUCACCCCCACCCACCCCCCGUUCAAAAGCUGGGCAAUGGUAUCGCCCCAGCUCCAUCAGUAGAGAGAUAUGCUCUAGAUGUUGCUGGAACGUAGGAGCAUCAUUGCAGGCUGCGGCAGAGGCAGAAGCAGUGCUCAUCCGAGAGAGCAAAUCCUAGCCCAGCUGGCUGCUGAAGGGGCAUUAUCCAAGUGAGGAGCGUCACUUAAGAGGAAAAGAUGACGCAGGGGAAGCUCUCUGUGAAUAACAAGCCUGCAAAUUCUGAAGGGCAGCAGGGAAAUGCCGAACGAAAGCAACCUAGUGCCCCAGCAGUGCCACCAACCUAUGAAGAGGCAACCUCAGCAGAAGGGAUGAAAGCAGGGCCCUUUUCUCCCCCGCUGAAUGUCCCUCUCCAUCCCACUUGGGCAUACGUGGAUCCACAUUCCAGUCCUAACUAUGGAAGUGGAUACUCAGGGGAAACUGAGACCCUCACAACUUUCAGCUGGGAUGACCAGAACGUGCGCAGGGUAUUCAUCAGGAAGGUUUAUAGCAUCCUUUCACUUCAGCUCCUCAUUACAGUCAGCAUUGUGGCUAUCUUCACAUUCUGUAAACCAGUUCAAGGAUAUGUCCAAGCAAAUCCAGCCUGGUACUGGGCUUCCUAUGCUGUUUUCUUUAUCACCUAUUUGAUCCUUGCCUGCUGCUCUGGACCAAGGAGGUAUUUCCCAUGGAACCUGAUCCUCCUCAGCAUCUUUACUCUGUCCAUGGCUUACCUGACAGGAAUGCUCUCCAGCUACUACAACACCACAUCUGUCCUCCUCUGCCUGGGAAUUACAGCUUUGGUUUGCCUUUCCGUCACCAUAUUUAGCUUCCAGACUAAGUAUGAUUUUACGUCUUGCCAGGGGGUGCUCUUUGUGAUGCUGAUGGUGCUGCUGUUUAGUGGGAUCAUUCUGGCUAUUAUGCUUCCUUUCCAUUAUGUGCCAUGGCUCCAGGCGAUUUAUGCUGUUCUGGGUGCAGUUGUGUUUACAAUGUUCCUGGCCUUUGACACCCAGCUCCUGAUGGGGAACCGUCGCUAUGCCAUGAGUCCAGAAGAAUACAUCUUUGGAGCCCUCAACAUAUACCUGGACAUCAUCUACAUAUUUUCUUUUCUCCUGCAGAUCUUUGGAAGCAGUCGAGACUGAGCAGUCGAGGCUGAGCCUCUAGGCCUUGUGUCUGAUAAAACAGAAAUAUAUUUAGAGAGAGAAAGAGAGAGAUUUAUAAUAAUACAACAAGCAAGAAAGGAGAGAGGAAUGAGAAGUAACCUCUCAGUCCUUUAGCGAGCUUCAUUGCGUCAAGUGAGCAUUUGCUCACCCACUGGUCUACUUGAGCUCCCGAUGCAGCCAUGUGUGUAUGUGUGUGUGCACGUGUGUGUGCGUGCAUGCGUACACGUGUGUGUGCGUAUUUAUAUACACAUGCUCUUAGGGUAAACUUAGGGUACAUAUGCUAGGCUUUCCCUUGCUUUCGUAACUGCUUUCAAUACGUAUAUUGAAAUUAGUGUAGCAAUAGCGGAAAGAGCACUGAGGAGGAAAAAAAAACACUAUUGAUUUUAACUUAAAACUGAACAAAUGAAGAAAUGAAAUAGUCAGAAACUUAAGUUUGCUAUAUCCAAAGUGAGCAGGUUGUAAAAACGCCUGAAAAUUUAUGUGAACUUCAUUUUGUAUGAUGUGAAUUGUUCCAAAUUUCAGAAUUCUGGCACAAUCCUAGUCUGGAUAUUAUUGUUCUUUCUACUUAUAUCUGCCCCCACAAAGAUUAGUUUUCGGAUAUUUUUUCAGCCAACUGAAUAACAAGAUUUUAUCUGCUGAAAUUUCUUGGUAUUCUUUAGGGGGCCUUCAUUUUGUCUAGACGGUAGAGGCACCCCCUGCUGAAAUCAUUUUAUCUGGCCUUUUAAUUUGCCAAUUUCUAGUUGAGGAUAUCUUUCACACACACACACAAAAAAAAAGAUCAGUUAUUUUGCAUAUUUUUGUUUCGGCCCUAAUUCCAGGCUAGCCAAAAAAGGGAGAGAAAAGCGAACCUCAUAAAAACGACCUUUGUGAUCUUGUUUAACUAAGGACAAUGUUGGAGCUGGUUAUGCUCUGGGCCCCAAUCACUGGUAGGACCACCGUUUGCUUUCCUUGCACUUGUGCUUCUGCAAUAUCACGUCUUCCACUUGUCCUUGCUUUACCCCAACCCAAACGUAAGCUCCUUGGGACAUUGGUGGUAGUGCAGAGGAGAUCUCUUCAGGAGCUUAUCAGAGCCCAGAAGAUGACAAGGCAAUCAGCAAAUAAGAGAACCAUCGUUGAUUAGAGCACAUUCGUAUUCCCCCAUUAUUUUGUGAGUGGGUAUUGAGUGGGCUUUAUAGAAGAAGGAGUGCACCUUAUGGCUGUUUCAUACAUAUUGUACAUAAUGAAAUCUAAAGAGGAUUUCUGAAAAGGAUUUAUUCAUUCCCUGCAAGAGUCUUCGAUAACUUUGCACUCUCCCUGUAAUAAUCCCUUAGAUAAAAGAUGAAGGGACAUAGAUGGCAACCUGACUUCUCCUAUAAGACAUUUUUGUAACCCUGAUC